AUGCCAGUCGGUCACAAAGUCAUAGCCAUAUGUACAAUAAUAGCAGUACUAUUACCGUGGAUCCCCAAUAUCUACAAACCCUCGAAUGGGUUGAGCAAACUACAGCACUAUGUCGAUUGCGAGUUUAAAGCUGUCGUACCCAUUGCAGUUAGAUUCAAUAAUGAGCAUUUUAUUCUCCCUGAUUUGAUACCAGCAGCUCAGAUACAGAUAGACGAAGAGAUUCGAGCUUUGGAUGUACGGCACUUGGAUCUUGUGCUAGUGGAUAAUUUACUGGCAGGUAACGUGAGCCAGGGUUAUAUGAUGGACUUGAUUCUACACCACGAAAACUCACUUGGUAUAUCUUCGGAUUCCUUGCAAGUGGCAAUUUUCUACACUUUGGAAUCCAUACAUUCCAAUGAUUUGCCCUUCUUUGUAGCACAAACAGUCUUGUAUCAUUUCCUCAAUGGGGAGAUUGAGUUAUUCAAAAGCUCAGAAGUCGACUAUUUUUUGGACGAUCUAGAGUUUGAGAUUGGGUUUGGUAAUGCGGUGAACAAGACAAAACAAUUGGAAAUUUCGAAGACUGUUGAAAAGUUGGGUUCGGAUGUGCACUUGAUAACGCAUUUCACUUGGACGAUAAACAACAAGUUAGCAAAUGGUGGCAAUGACAUAGUUAUAAAUUUCCCAGGAAAACGCUCGAAGACCAUAAAAAAUGAUGCGCAUGCUACUUUCAAAAUACAAACUGUUUUAGAGGACGAAUUGAGAUUGCCUCCACGACCGGGGAACAACCUACAAGUACGACUUUUUGCAUCAUAUCGGAAAAAGACUUUGUCUAAUGUUAAGCAUAUAAUGAGAAAGCUCAGUGAAAGAGGUGGCCACGACGCGGUAUUGCCUCGAUUGGCUCAAUUGAUCUUGGAGAUGAGUAACUCACGGGAGGCAUCCUGGUUGGCGUUUUUGAAAGGGUCUCAGGAUAUUUUACUGGCAAUAAAUGCGACGGCGCGAGAGUAA